AUCCACUCUUCCAUCUCCCCUCUGAUUCAUCGUCCACCGUCCACCGUCCAUCGUCCAUCGCCAACUUCAGUCCAUAGCCGAUCCCUCGCAUUCAUCCUCGGUUGCCCAUAUUCUUUGGCCAUCGGCUCUCAGCUAGCAGCGGCGCAUCGCACCCACAAAGCCUCGACAAUCCUCCCCAGUCUGGGCUCGCCUCGGCCAAUCCAUCUGCCCAUUCAUCAAACCACGGCCCUCUCUCGCCUCCAUGGUCGUCAUCACAACCAUCACCCUCUCGGUCAUCUACGGCAUCAAAGUCGCUGCCGACAGGUAUCGCGAAUAUCGCAAGUCCCUGGCAAGUCCCUCGGGCACCAGCAUCCGGGACCUGCCCCCAGAUGUCCUGCAGCGGAUAUUCGUGCUCGUGGCCUCGCCCACCUCGUCAUCGGCAUCUCACUACGUCCCCAUCGGUGUCCCCGUGCCCUGGCUCAAUCUCGACCUGGAUCUGGAGCUGCUCUUCCAGUUGGCCACCGUCAGCAAGUCAUGGGCCCAGGUGGCGGUCCCACUGCUCUGGAGCUCGCCAACCAUCUCGUCGUCGCUGAUGGCCAGCGAGCUCAAGACCAUCGUCGAGUCGUCGCUCAUGGGCGAAAUCGGCGUCGAUGCCAUGUUCGAGUACCCCGAGUUCAUCUCGGCCAUCACCAUCCGCAACAAUGCCCUCUCCGAAGUCGACGAUGUCAUUGACACAUCCACCCUCGCAUCGUUCCUGCCGCUGCUGCCCAAUCUCUCGCGGCUGCAGCUGGACCUGCCCCUGGUCGACUACGACAGCCGCGACGCCUCGGACAUCCUCACAUGUCUGCUGAAUCCGUCGCUGCUCAACAAGCUCGAGCAUAUCAAGUUCCCUCGUGUGGGUGUGGCCCAAGCCGCCACCCUCGACAGCGCCAUCGGGCUGCUGGGCGAGUACGGCAAUCUGCACCACCUCACCAGCCUGGAUCUGCGCGGGCUCGAUGAGCUGGACCAGAGUGUCCGAGCGCUCUUGGACCUGUGUGGCGAUACGCUCAAGUUGCUCUGGCUCCCGUCACUGAGCGAGCUCUCGCCGAUCCUGCCGUGGAUCCGGCGCCACGGCUCGCAGCUGACUUACCUUGCCGUCGGCAAGUGGUCCGCGGCUUCUCCAGAGGAAGUCGCCGCCUUCUUCCAGGACCUGGGCCAGCUCAGUGCUCUCGAGAUCAACUCGGAGAUUCUCGAUGUCGUCGUCGAGUCCGUCCAGAGCCAGUGCUACGCGCUGUCCAGCCUCAAGAUUAACGGGCACAUCAACUCGCUCUCCUUUGCUCACUCUGAGGCCUUGCAGGCUCUGGUUCAGCGCAUCGAGCACUACGACGGCCCCUUGGGUGACUUUCUUGAGCACGGGUCAUCGCUCAAGUGGCUCAAGCUGACGGACGAAUCCAACACGCAUGGCCGCAUCCGCUCGCUGCUCGGCACCCUGCAGUCGGUCCAGUACUUUGCUGCCAGCUACGCCGCCUUUGACGACCUGGCCGAGAUUCUCUACAUCAUCAAGACCCACGCCGGUCUCGACAUUUGCAUCAUCCAGGGCCUGGACGACGAGCGCGAUGCCGGCACUCACCAGAACUAUUGGCUCGGCCUUGACCAGCUCAUGGGCAAGGGCAUCAACAGCGGCAGCAUCUCGACCGCUGCGGUGCUCGAGUGUGUCGAUGGCGACGAGCUGUGGGCCCGUGCUAUCCGCAGAGUCCUCGCCUCCGACAGCGCCAUCGGAAUCGACCUUGGCUAUGAAAACUUCAAGGCCAAGCUCGACCACGUCUCGACGGGGCUGCUGACCUUUGAGGAGGCUCUCAGCAUGGAUUUCGACGACUGCAUCAAUGGCUCAGACGGUGAAACCGAAGCGUGAGCAAUCGUCAGCCACCUUACGGGCUGUCGGCAGGUCGCGACCAUCUCUCAGAAGAGCCGGAGGUGCCGGUCGCCGAGUACGUUCCCUGCUGUUCCAGGGACAGACACUCUUGUCGGAGAAGCGGCCUCAGUGCACCCCCUCAUCCGCGCAUCGUCUGUCGCCCUCGUAUUGCAGCGCCUGCAAAAUGAAGCGAGCCGCGCUGUCUUGGGGGCCGAUGGUCACUUGUUUUUUCCUUUCUCAUGAAUACAUGCAGUGUACCCAUUUUGAA